GACAGCGAAGCGUUGAUUAUCAGGUCAGCUCUGACCGCAGCGAGUUAUUUAUUAGCGCUGAAAGGGAUUCAGUGUUAUAUUAACGCUAAACAGUAUUAUUCGUGUUAUGAGAAGAGGACACUGGUUGUUCCAGGACUGUGAUUGAGCACCAUGGCUGCAGCUCCACCACUCAGACGGACAGACUCAGCUCGGGGCGAGUUUUCCCCUCUGAAGCACUUUGUUGUCGCCAAAAAGAAGAUCAGUGAUGUGUUUCUACAACUGUUGGAUUAUGUGAAAGAGACGUCAGAGUUUGUAGAAGAAACCUGUGGAAAUAAAGCUCUGGAGAAAAUUGCUCAUCAGGAUCAGAAGCUGGAGAUUCAGUCUUAUGCAGACAAACUUGCUAUUAUUAAAGAGGUGCUGGCACGCCGACAUAUGAAAGUGGCUUUUUUUGGCAGAACCAGUAAUGGCAAAAGCACAGUAAUCAAUGCUAUGCUGAGAGACCGCGUGUUGCCCAGUGGUAUCGGCCACACCACUAACUGUUUUUUGAGUGUGGAAGGCACAGAUGAGGACAAAUCUUACCUCAAAACAGAGGGCUCUGAUGAGGAGAAAAGCAUCAAGACUGUAAACCAACUAGCUCAUGCACUCCACAUGGAUGAGAGUCUGGAUGCUGGCUGUCUUGUACAAGUGUUUUGGCCAAAAACCAAGUGUGCACUGCUUCGAGAUGACCUAGUUCUUGUAGACAGCCCUGGGACCGAUGUUACAACACAACUAGACAGCUGGAUUGACAAGUUUUGCCUGGAUGCUGAUGUUUUUGUGCUGGUGGCCAACUCUGAAUCUACUCUCAUGAACACGGAAAAGCACUUUUUCCACAAAGUGAAUGAACGUCUCUCAAAGCCAAACAUCUUCAUCCUCAACAACCGAUGGGACGCCUCAGCAAAUGAACCAGAAUACAUGGAGGACGUGAGGAAGCAGCACACAGACCGCUGUGUCAACUUCCUUGUAGAGGAGCUGAAGGUCGUGGACCGUGAGCAGGCACCCAACCGCAUUUUCUUCGUCUCCGCUAAAGAGGUGCUCAACUCUCGCAUGCAGCGUGCACAGGGCAUGCCCGAAACAGGUGGAGCGCUGGCCGAGGGCUUCCAGGAGAGGUUGAAGGAGUUUCAGAACUUUGAGAGGAGGUUUGAGGAGUGUAUCUCGCAGUCAGCAGUGAAAACAAAGUUUGAGCAGCACACUAUCAGGGCCAAGCAGAUCACAGAAAAAGUCAAGAGCAUCAUGGACGCCAUCAACAUUGAGGCAGCGGAGAAACGAGUGGCAGCACUGGAAGACAGAGAGUAUCAGAUGGACCGGCUGGACUUUGUCAGGAAUCAGCUCAACUUGCUGAUCAGUGAAGUCAAGAAAAAGAUCAAGGCCAUAAGUGAAGAUGUGGAAUCCAAGGUGUCCAGUGCAAUGGGGGAAGAGAUCUGCCGCCUCCAUGUAAUUGUGGACGAGUUUCACGCCGACUUCCACCCGUCACCUCAUGUUCUCAAGAUCUAUAAGACUGAUCUGCUUACUCAUGUGGAGAAGGGGAUGGGGAAGAACCUGGCCUUCCGUUGCUCUGACGCUGUUAACGCUUCUGUUCAGUCCUCUCAAAGUUACAUGAUAGAUAGCAUGCUCCCUCUGCUUCCCUCCACUGCCCAGAGCCAGGUCCAGAUGCUGUUGCCCAACAGAAAGUUUGACCUAAGUUACGACCUUAACUUCUCCAAACUUUGCACUGACUUCCAGGAGAACAUUGAGUUUCAGUUUUCGUUGGGCUUGACAGUGUUAGUUCACCGCUUCCUGGGAUCAGUCAAUGCGCAGAGAGCACUCACACUGAUGGACCAGAACUUCCAGCAUGGCAUUACUCAGGCUCCUCGACCAGCUCUUCCCCCAGCCUGUACACCUUCCUCGGGACCGCCCUCCACAAUAUCUCAACCCAACCACGAGACGGCCGUCAUGACCCAGGAGGACAUGAUGUUAGCGAUGGCAACCAAUGUGGCUUCCCUCACCUCCCGCUCUUCAAUGGGUGUAAUCCUUGUUGGAGGAGUGGUGUGGAAAACAGUUGGCUGGAGGCUGAUCGCUCUGUCAGCCUCGAUGUAUGGCUUGUUGUACCUCUACGAGAGACUUACCUGGACAACAAAAGCAAAGGAGCGAACUCUGAAGAGCCAGUUUGUAGACUACGCAUCAGAGAAGCUGCAACUCAUAGUCAGCUUCACCAGUAGUAACUGCAGUCACCAGGUCCAACAGGAGAUGGCCACGACAUUUGCUCGGCUCUGUCAGCAGGUGGACCAGACGCAGAAAGAGCUUGAGGCAGAAAUCCGUCAACUGACAACCAAGAUCGAUCAGCUGGAGACCGUCCAGAGCCACUCCAAGAGUCUGCGACAUAAAGCCACAGACCUAGAGAGGCAGUUGGAGGAGUUCACAAACCAGUACCUGCAGCCACAGCAGUGAUUUCUCCAGUCAUUGGUCAUUCACAAUGUCCUCCUUACUACGCCCGGACCUCAUCACCCACAUUACACCACGGACACUGUGGUGUAGUGAAAAGAGCGUAUGAUUAAUCUCAACAGACAAUAAAUCCAAGUCUAUUUUGAUGGUCAAUGAAAUGCCAUACAUCAUAAUGCCAGAUUUAAUUUGGCUUUUGAAAAUCUUCAAAAUCUUUGAAAGAUUUUGUCCUUUUUGUACAUUUUAAUGUGUAUAUAACUUUUUUUUGGUCACAUCUUCUAUUCAAAAUGAAUCGAUAAUUGAAGUAGUAAAUGCAUUAUAAGAAUCUAGAGUUUGUCUCUUACUGGACAGAGAAAUUUGAAGGCCCAGACAUGACAGUAUUUUCGUGUCCUCUGCUGCCAGGUGCUUAAGAGACAGUGGUGGGGAAAAAAACUGUAAAACUAAAUCUGUAAUAAAAUUGUGGAUUCUUGGAGAAAAAUGACACUCCACCAGGACGUGACAGAAUCUCGACUGGUGUGAAACUACCUAUCAGGUGUUAUAUUUUGACACUAACAUGCUUCGAACUGUGACUAUGCCUUUUUUUUUUUUUGACUUUUGUGAAGCAAAUUAACUUUGUCUGUAUGAUUGUACAGUGCAUCUGUUCAGGCACAUUACCUACUGUAUUGUAGCAACAACAAAAUAAAUAUAUUUAAUAAUAAAAAGGGAAACACUUUUCUUACCUGGUAAAGCAUGUCUUCAAAAUGCUGAAGGUUUGUGUUCUAUUUUCUACCAUCGUAAACUGUACAAAUAAAGGCUUUGGAAAAACUUCA